AGAAGGAGUACUUCCCAAAUGCACCAUACUCCCUCUCUCUAAUCUCUCUCUUUCUCUCUCAUAAAUUAUUAACUAGUGCACAUUGAAUUAAGAUGAUGAAGUUGUCAUAUUCAGGCGUGGCCCUGUGUGUGGUGGUGAUGGUGGCAGUGAUGCUAAGUGAAGAGGCAAGGAUGGCAGAGGCAGUGACAUGCAGCCCAGUGCAGUUGAGCCCAUGCUUGGGCCCAAUAAAUUCAGGGUCACCUCCUUCAACCACAUGCUGCCAGAAACUGAGGGAGCAGAGGCCUUGCCUUUGUGGAUAUCUCAAGAACCCAAGCCUCAGGCAAUAUGUCAACAGCCCCAACGCCAGAAAACUUGCUUCCAACUGUGGUGUUCCCGUCCCUCAAUGUUAAAUCAUUUUCCAAUAUCAGUCACUUUCUUCUGAAUCCUGUUCAUCAUGAAGAAGCAGUUUUAUAAUAUAUAUAAUUAUAUGUAAUAAGAAUGAUGACUUAGUUGAUGUCUUUCUUCAAGACCAGCAAUCAUUGUACCAUGAGAAUACUGGGGUUUUAAAUGAAUAAAAUAAGUUAGCAUUUACCAAUA